AUGUCGAACCCUAUCCCCGCCGCCAUCUACAAUGCCGCUCCGAAUAGCGCUCUUGGUGUAUACCAGAAAUCUCAUCUUUGGCCGGUUGCCCUACUUGGUGCUCUCGCUCCUGGUACUUGGAGUAAAUCUGUCUUGGAGAGUUUGAACAGCGUGGUCAACAUUUGCACAAAAGACGGUGCCAGUACAACUUGUCCAGAGCUGGUAGCAUGGCUGGCAACUUGGUGCGAACGCAAACACCAAGACCAUAUCAACAAUGAGGCGCUAAAGGACGCCAAAACAUGGAUCAAGGGCAAGACUCGUGUCUCUGAAAGACAAGGUGCUGCUCCUCCAAUUGAGAAUUCCCGCAAGCGAAAAGACCAUAGUAGAGAACAGACUAUGGCAUCUAUGGCAAAGAGACGCUCACACCAGGAGGACGAGGUUGAAGAUGAAGAUGAAGACGAGCUACAAGAUCAGCCUCCUCGUUCUAGUCCGUUUGUGUCGACCCCUAGCCAGCCUGAACCCACGGCGCAAUCUCGAGAUGAUGCAAAGCGUGCAUGGGCAUUAUGCCUCGAAAAAGACCUUCGAGACUCUACCAUGGCCCUCCAAGCAGCUGAGGCUAUACUCGCCGCUCACCAAAACACCAUCACGGCCAUGAAUCUCCAACUUCAGCUCCUCCGCAACAAAGACCUCUCCCCUCUUCGGAUAGUCGUAUCCGAUAAACAAGCUGAGUUUGAUGCAGCUAGUGAGAAGCUGGACGAAUACCAACAUUAUCUCGCAAAGUAUCGUCUUAUCCCUAAAGACCGAACCAAGCCUAUCCCCGAAUGGCAUCUUGCGGCUGAGGCUGGAGCUUUAGCCGACAUCAAUCGAUCUCGAGACGCUGUUAGAGCAGCUGGGUUGGAGCUGGAUGAGGCCAAACAACAUAUCACCAACCACCAAAACAGCAUCACCAGUCAGGAGGACGAUAUCUUGCGUGUGGAGGCUGAUCUUGCUGGUUUGGCUGCAGAGGUCAAGGCCAAAACUGAGGUUCGUGAUGCAAACAAACUACUACUACGGGCACAUUUACUUGGUGUUGAUGGAAUUCGGGCUCUUGGGCGGGAGAAGAUGGAUGUUUUGCUGGAUAUGGUUAAGGAGUAG